AUGCCUUCACCCAUCGUUAUAUCACUUAUUUUAGCUGCGAGUAUUGCUUGUCUAUCUGCCGAUGUCGUUGUAUACACAUCAGGCAACUACAAACUAACAAUAGUAAACAACGAUCCUAAUUUCGAUCAAAGCACACGACAACGAUGUAUUGACACAUAUUUUGCGACGAUGCCACAAAUGUGUGAUCGAUUCAAUCGUAAUUCUUGUACUCGCGAUGUACAAAUCACAAUUGAUCCAGGAUACAAUGGUGUUGCAUAUGCUUCGGGUGGAGCGAUUGUUAUCAGUGCAACAUGGCUCCGCAAUAAUCCACAAGAUACUGAUGUCGUAACGCAUGAAUCAAUGCAUGUUGUUCAACGUUAUCCACGUGGCGAUCCAGGUUGGUUAAUCGAAGGUAUUGCGGAUUACGCUCGAUGGAAAUAUGGACGAAAUAAUCCAGCAGCUAAUUGGUGGUUACCACCUUUUGAAGUCAAUCAUCACUAUACGAAUGCAUAUCGUGUCACUGCACGGUUUUUAGCUUGGUGUGAAAAGUUUUAUCCAAACAUUGUUGUUCAACUCGAUUCGGCAAUGCGAAGUAAUACUUAUUCAGGUAAUUCAUGGAAUCAAUUCACUGGUAAAUCAGUUGACCAACUUUGGAGCGACUAUGCAAACAAUCCAAAUGCUUAA